AUGAUUUGUGUGAAGAGCAAGAACCAAAAGAUGAGCUUUGUUGUCCUCUUUCUGCUCCUUCUUCUGUUCCUAAUCUUGAGCACUACCCCAUGUCAGGCUGCUGCAAGGAAAGCCAGAUUUGAGAGAUUUAAAGGUGGUGGUUCUUCUGCUUCUGAGUUCAAACCCUUUAACUUCCAUGGUGCUGCCCUUCAAGGAAACAGUGCACACAAAGAGGGAGACCAAGUUUUUGGUGCAGACAAAAGGAAAGUGUACACAGGUCCUAAUCCUCUACACAACAGAUAA